GUUGACUCUUUCUUUUUUCACUCGUAACUAACAAACAAACUCAUCAAUUUACACAAAAUCCCCAGAGAUAAUUUUUCCUGCUCUCCUGACUCUUAACUCCCUCUGUUCAAGUUAUCACUCUAAUUUACACAACCCAUACCAAAGAUCAAUACUUUCUUUCAAUUCCCAUAAUUCUGGGUUUCUAAACUCAAUUCAUUCAACAAAUUUCUGCAAUGUUUGCUUUUUUUGAUUGAAUUUGGCAAGUUCUCAGAUGGGUAGGAUAAAAAAGAAACCCCGGCGUUCUGUGAGAUUUUUUGAGAAUGGAAGCACAAGCAAUUAUGGUGAAAAUACAGCAAACCCAGGUGCUAGUUUAGCUAAUGAUCUCAAAGUUGAUGAUUUUGGUAAUAUUCAAAACCCCCCUUUAUUUUUUGAUGUUGAUAAAAGUAGUUGGGAUUCUUUAGAACACAGAGAUUUAUCUGAAAUUGUACUCCAUAAUUUGAAUUAUAGUCCUGAAUUUAUUGGGUUUGAAUUGAAUGAGGAAAUUUGCUUAAGGGUUAGGUUAUGUGAUGUGAAUGAGCGUGUUGUUAGAAUAAAAUCAGGGUAUUGGCCUGUGUUUUCGUCUGAAAACAUAUAUUUGGAGUUUAUUAGUAGGAGGGUAGUUAACAAUAUCGAAGCUUGUGAUGUGGUUGUAUGUGGGCAGUUUGAUGGUAGUGAUGACGGAAUUACCGGGUUGGUUCAAUUAGUUAGUAUGAAGUUCUUGACAUUGAGGCCGGUUUUCGGGGUUAGGUUAUGUGAGGAUGUAUGUUCACUUAGGAUUAGGGUGGAGAUACUUCAAGAUGCAUUUAGUGCUUGUACAUCACUUCUAGAUAACACUAGGCUAGCAUGGAAGAAGAGCAUGAUGAGUGUAAUGGCUUGGCUUCGGCCCGAGUUGACAACUUCUGAGGCUCGGUAUGGGGUUCAUGUAUCGAGUGAAAUUGAAGAAGAUUUGAAUUCGGAGGUGGAUGAUGGAAGCUUCAAAGAUUCAAAUUUUGAUGUUGGUGGAUUUUAUGAAGCCAUUAAACGAUCAAAAGAUUGUCCCAUGCUGGAUGCUGAGUUGCCUGAUUUACUCCCUGAGCUUAGACCAUAUCAACGUCGGGCUGCUUGUUGGAUGGUACAAAGGGAGAGGGGUGCUUUGCAGGAUUCGGUUGCAUGGGAAAAUAAUUUUUAUUGUCCUCCUAUGUGUGUGGUUGUGGAUUUUUUGGAGUCUCCGUCGAAAAUGUUCUACAACCCAUUUAGUGGGAACGUUUCUUUGUGUCAAGAGAUCGCCCCUUCAUAUGUCUUUGGCGGUAUUCUUGCUGAUGAGAUGGGCAUGGGAAAAACUGUUGAGCUUCUUGCAUGUAUAUUAGCUCAUCGCAAGUCAUCAUCUGAACAAGGCUAUUGUUUUAGAGGUAUAACAGAUAUUACUGAGAAGGAGAAAACCAGAAUUAAUAGACUGAAAAGAGAGCGUGUUGAAUGUGUAUGUGGUGCACUUAGUGAAAGUUACAAGUAUGAAGGAUUGUGGGUUCAAUGUGAUGUCUGUGAUGCAUGGCAGCAUGCAGACUGUGUUGGUUAUUCACCCUCAGAAGGAAUACAAAGAACCAAGGAAACCUCUAAGGGAAAACGCAACAGUAACAGAAGGAAGAAGAAUGUUGCUGAUAUCGUCAUAAUGAAUAAUGAGUAUGUGUGCCAAAUUUGCUUGCAGUUGAUGCAAGCUACUAGCUCUCCGAUCGAGUCUGCAGCAACCCUUAUUAUUUGUCCUUCUUCCAUACUGCCUCAGUGGCAUGCUGAAAUACUUCGUCAUACAAAUCCAGGCUCCAUGAGAACUUAUGUCUACGAAGGUGUGAAAGAAAAGUCAUCAUCAAAUUCCACUGCAUUGGAUAUCAAUGAAUUAGUCUCAGCUGAUAUUGUGCUGACGACGUAUGAUGUUCUGAGAGAUGAUCUAUCACAUGAUUCAGAGAGGCAUGAAGGGGAUCGUCGCUUAAUGAGAUAUGGAAAAAGGUAUCCUGUGAUUCCAACCCUUCUGACCAGGGUGUUAUGGUGGAGAAUUUGCUUAGAUGAAGCUCAAAUGGUCGAGAGUAGUGUUGUUGCUGCAGCAGAGAUGGCAUUGCGUCUACAUGCAAGACAUCGCUGGUGUAUUACUGGAACACCUAUCCAAAGGAAACUAGAUGAUUUAUAUGGUCUUCUCAAAUUCCUAAAAGCAAGUCCAUUUGAUGUGUCUAGGUGGUGGGCUGAAGUUAUACGAGAACCAUAUGAGCGAAAGAAUGUAGCAGCUAUGGCAUUCACACAUCAAAUAUUCAGACAGUUAAUGUGGCGCUCCUCAAAGGCACACGUUGCAGAUGAGCUUGAGCUUCCUCCGCAGGAAGAACAGGUCUCCUGGCUUUCGUUCUCUGCAGUUGAAGAGCACUUCUACCAGCGGCAACAUGAAACUUGUGUGGAUUUUGCUCGUGAAGUUCUUGAAAGGUUCAAAAGUCAGAGUUUGUCUAAACAUUGCUCAGCUUCCUCGUCGUCUGUACCUGAUCCCUUUGUUACCCAUUUGGAGGCCACAAAGCUGCUAAACUCACUUCUGAAGCUUCGUCAAGCUUGCUGCCACCCUCAAGUGGGAGGAUCUGGACUACGUUCUCUUCAACUAUCUCCCAUGACCAUGGAUGAAAUAUUAUCUGUACUUAUUAGUAAAACUAAGUUAGAGGGAGAGGAUGCAUUAAGGAAAGUAGUUUCUUCAUUGAAUGGGCUUGCUGGUAUAGCGAUCAUCCAAGGCGAACUAUCUAAUGCAGCUUCUUUUUACAAAGAAGCAUUAAAUUUAGCGGAAGAACAUUCUGAAGAUUUCCGCGUGGACCCUUUGUUAAAUAUCCACAUACAUCAAAAUCUCGCUGAGGUUCUCAAAUCAGCUUCAAACACCUUGCAACUAGUAUCAUUUUGUGGGGGGCAGCUAACUGGAAAAAUUGAAGAGAUGCCUUCUCAAAUUAGUGUUGGCAUCACUGCUUGUCUUGAACAUAUAAAGAAGACUCAAAAUGUUACUGAAGACAUUUUGGAUAGGCCUAGGGAUACUUCUGUAUUGAACUGCAAUUCAUCAAAAAAUGGCUCAGAAGGUGUUAAAAAAUCUAGUAUUGAAAGCUUGAUUAUCAUAUGUGAGGGUCUAAAACAGAAAUAUUUAUCUGGAUUUUACUCAAGAUUGUCACAAGCUCAACAAGAGUUCCAGAAGUCAUAUAUGCAGGUUGAUGACUCUAUAAACAACAGAGAAAACAAGAAUAGAGUCUGGUGGUUGGAAGCCCUCCAACAAAUUGAACAAAACAGAGAUUCAGCUAAUGAGUUGUCAAGGAGGAUUGAAAAUGCUAUUUUAGACAGCCAGAACAUUACAAAAUCAGCAAGAAUUGACUCCCGUUUCCGGAGUAUAGAUGCACUUAAAUACUCUAUUCAAAGUGGCUUAGACUCACUGGAAGCUGCUCGGAAAAGGUUAUUAGACCAACUGUUGGAAAUUGAUCAGACGAUGGAAAAACCAAGAGAUGAAGAUGUUGACCGUGUACGGUACUGUCCAAAUUGUUAUAUGAAUGUGGAUGGUCCUUUGUGUGCUCAUUGUGAAUUGGAAGAGUUAUUCCAGGCUUAUGAGGCUAGGCUCUUUAUUCGAAAAGAGGACAAUGGAGGAUUCAUCUCGUCUGCUGAAGCAGUAGAUCUAAAGAAGAAAAGAUUGGAGAGGAACCAUUUUUAUUGGAAUUUGGAGCAAAAGUCAAACAUUGAUGCAUCAUCAGGUCCAAAUAAUCUAGGCAGAAGUAAAAGGGAUUCUGCAAAAAUGUUUAUGGAUUCAAAACUUCCCUCUGAAUUGGAAAUAAUCCUUGGUUUUAUAAGGACUUAUUUCAGGGCACACUUUGGGAGAGAAGGUAUAGCAGCGGCCAGCAGACACCUGGUACUUCUUGAGGAAAUGAAGAAGGAAUAUGCUCAUGCAAGAUCGUUGGCUACUGCUCAAGCUCAGGUUCUUCGUGCAUAUGAUGAAAUUAAGAUGGCAACUUCAAGAUUACGCUUAAAAGAAAGCGGUGAUGAUGAUAACUCUAUAGAUGCUCUAAGCCUGGAAGAACUUGAAGUUGCUAACGUGGAGAAUUCGAGUGAAAAAUUUGUUUCAUUGGCAACAUUAUCACGUAUACGGGGAAAACUUCGGUUUUUGCAGGGACUAGUAGUUUCUAAACAGAAAGAAGAAUCAGAUAAUGAGGUAGCUGCUUUAACAGAUACUCCUUCCCCAGAGAGUGCAAAGAGUACCAGAUUGGUUGAGGAAAUGUGUCCUGUAUGUCAGGAAAUUCUGCAAAAUCAAAAAAUGGUGUUUCAGUGUGGACAUCUAACGUGCUGUAAAUGUUUCUGUACAAUAACUGAGCGAAAGAUGGUUUCCUACAGCAAGAUGGAUGAUAAUUGGGUGCUUUGCCCUACUUGUCGACAACCUUCAGAUUUUGAGAGUAUUGCCUUGGCUGAUGAUGGCCAGAGUAAAUCAUCUGUUGUGAAAAGUGAAAAUCUGGUGGCUUCUGUAUCUGUCCAGGGAUCAUACAGUACAAAGAUUGAAGCAAUUACAAGGAAAAUCCUGUGGAUCAAGUCAAGCGAUCCAGUGGCUAAAGUUCUUGUUUUCUCCAGUUGGAAUGACGUCCUUGAUGUGUUGGAGCAUGCUUUUGCUUCUAAUGAGAUUAGUUAUGUUCGUAUGAAAGGGGGAAGAAAACAAUCACAAGCUGCAUUAAGCAUUUUCAAAGGAGAAAAGAUGACAGAAAAGGGUUGUGUCGAGAUCAAUGAUCAACGGAAGCCAGAUUCUAAGUUUAUCCAAGUGUUACUCCUCUUAAUUCAGCAGGGAGCAAAUGGGCUUAACCUCCUAGAAGCACAGCAUGUCAUUCUUGUUGAGCCCCUACUUAAUCCAGCAGUUGAAGCGCAAGCAAUCAGCAGAGUGCACCGCAUUGGGCAGACUAGGAAAACCAUUGUUCAUCGAUUUCUAAUUAAGGAUACAGUUGAAGAAAGCAUUUACAAAUUGAACAAAAGCAGAAAUUCCAGUUCUUUUAUUAGUGGGAAUAAGAAGAAUCAAGAUCAGCCUGUUUUAACAUUGAAAGAUGUCGAGUCCUUGUUUGCAGUAACACCUCCCGCAGCACCGGAUAAAAGUAACGAGCAUAGUAGUAGUAGUCUAAUGCACUUACCACCUUCUGUUGCUGCUGCCAUCGCUGCUGAGAAAAGGCUUGGCCAAUCUACAAUGUGAUUAUAGCUUCUGUGUACACUAUUUGUGCUGGGUAUAUCAGUUUCUUAUAUUUUUUCUAUUUAUUUGCUAGGAGUUUAUUUAGGUAGGUGUACAUAUAAUUCUUUUAUUUAUUUUGAAAAUAAUUCGUACUCGUAGACUCGUAGUAUUGUUUAGGGCUUCAGCUUUAAGCUGAAUUUAUGUAUAUUAAGCAGCAAGGAUCUUCUUAUGGAUGUAUUUAGCUAAAUAAUAAUAUAGCCUAACUUCAGUUUCUCUAUUUCUCCAA